CCCGAAGAACCGCAUACAACCGCAGGUUUGAAAUAUUUCUGAUCCACGUGUACGCCUAGGAUUCAAAUGAAAGAAAACUAUGAUACUAGUGGGAAUAGCAGAUCAUAAAUCUUCAAUGAAAAUCGUCGCGUUCCUUCCAUGACUGUCAUCGAUGAUCCCAACCGCAGAGAUUAGAUUCAGGCAUUUGAAUUGGUUAAAAAAGUGAUAAGAGGUUUUUGGCAUAUCGGUUAUCCAUGGAGCAAGCUGAACUAGCAACAGAACAGCAAUCCGAGUACCAGAGGGGAUUGGAGAAAGAUAGCCAGCGAAUGGGGGAUUCCAUGGACGCAAUAUCCUCUUCAGAACUUCUCGAUCUAGACACCAUUAGCAGUCGAUUAAGGGAGCUCACAAACAUUCAAACUAUUUGCAAUGAAGAUUUCUCCGAAAUCCCUCCUUUGGAUUCAGAAAAAUUGCUGCAAGACUGUGCUCUCCAUCUCGAGAACAAAGUGGAGCAGAUUAUGUUAGAACUCUCUGAUGUGAGUUUGUUGGGUAUUCAAGACUUGGACACAUUCAUGGAGCAUAUGAAAGAAGAACUUAGUGCAACAGAGGCUGAAAGUGCUAAAAUAAGCGACCAAAUCGAGGCUCUUACAAACUCUCAUGUCAAAGAUUGUAAUCAGCUGGACAGUGAUCUUGAAGCAUUGAAAUAUUCGUUGGAUUUUAUUAAAUCACAGAGUCUGGAGAAAGUAAAAGACAACACACAUGUUGUUUCUACAGAUGGGGAAGAUCCAUUGGAUUUGAUAAGUAUUCAUAGAGACCAAAGAUUUGAGAUUUUGGAUCUUGAAAACCAGCUUGAGAAAAGUAAAAACACUUUGAGGUCUUUAGAGGAUCUUGAUUGCGAAAUUAAAAGGGUUGAUGCCAUUGGACUGAUUGAGGAUGCAUUGACAGGUCUAAAGGUCAUUGAUUUUGAUGGAACCAGCAUUAGGUUGUCACUGCAAACAUACCUUCCAAAAAUGGAAUACUUAAGCCGGCAAAAUGUGGAAGAUAUUGUUGAACCAUUUGAUGUAAAUCAUGAAUUACUGCUAGAAAUCCUGGAUGGGAAAAUGGAGAUAAAGAACGUUGAGAUAUUUCCCAAUGAUGUAUACAUUGGAGAUAUUGUCGAUGCUGCAAAAUCUUUCAGGCAGUUGUUUUGCCCGUUGGUGGCUCUGGAAACAAGAUCGCCAUUGGCAUGGUUUAUGAGAAAAGUGCAAGACAGAAUUAUAUUGUGCACUUUGAGACAAUUGGUGGUGAAGAGUGCAAAUAAAUCAAGGCACUCCUUUGAGUACUUGGAUAGAGAUCAGACUAUAGUUGCUCAUUUGGUUGUGGGAGUCGAUGCAUUCAUAAAGGUGUCGCAAGGUUGGCCUAUGUCAGAUUCUGGACUGAAGUUGGUUUCUUUGAAGAGCACAGAUCAUCAUUCAAAGGAUAUUUCUUUAAGCUUUCUUUGCAAGGUUGAGGAAGCAGCAAAUUCCUUGGAUGAGCAAAUGCGGCACAGUUUAUCAAACUUUGUGGAUGCUCUUGAAAAGGUACUUGUGGAGCAAAAGCGUCUAGAAAAUCUGUCAUAACUUUGAGUAUGACUGCUCCUAAUAGUCUUGUAUACUAUUGGCUACCGAGAUAUUGUUGUUGAAUGUGUCAUUUAUGUUAAGUCUUGUAUGCUUUGCUCCCAUUCACUGGAUAAGUUCUGACUAUUUUCUGUACAAUGAAUUUUUCUCCAUUUCAAGUUUCAAUCGAAAGCAAUUCAAUGUUGCUUGUAGUAGA